UUUGCUAGCAGCCGAUUUACCGCCGCCACACGACUUGUUCAUUCACGUCAAGGAUAACGCGCCGCUUGCAGGACUGUCACUGGAUCCUGGGCUUUGUGUCUUCAUUCUGGUGUUGUGCCUCAGUGACUUAUUUUACUGUGAUUUUAUUUUCUAAAUUUCGGGGUCGUGCUCGACUAAUAAUAUAUAAAUCUAUUUAAGUGCUGAAAAUGAACUAUUUAAUAAACCAAGUGAUAGAUGGCUACCAUGAUCUCAUGGACAACAAAAGCGACCCCAGGGUUAAUAAUUGGCCGAUGAUGAGCUCUCCAUUUCCCACAUUAGCUAUAUGUUUGACAUACGCUUAUUGUGUGAAAGUGGUAGGGCCCAAACUAAUGGAAAACAGGAAACCAUUCGAGCUGAAAAGGGUGCUGAUCUUCUAUAAUUUGUUUCAAGUGAUUUUCAGCACGUGGCUGUUCUAUGAGAGUUCAGUAGCAGGUUGGAUGACCACGUACAGCUUUAGAUGUCAACCAGUGGACUACUCCAAUGACCCAAUGGCUUUAAGGAUGGCCAGGGGAUGCUGGUGGUACUACUUUUCCAAGUUCACGGAGUUCUUCGAUACGAUAUUCUUCGUGAUGAGGAAAAAGAACGACCAACUCUCCACCCUGCACAUUAUCCACCACGGAGUGAUGCCGAUGUCCGUGUGGUUCGGCGUGAAAUUCACCCCAGGCGGCCACUCCACCUUCUUCGGCUUCCUCAACACCUUCGUCCACAUCGUCAUGUACUCCUAUUACUUGAUCGCCGCCCUCGGCCCCCAAUACCAGAAGUUCCUGUGGUGGAAAAAGUACCUGACCACCCUCCAAAUGGUCCAGUUCGUGCUCGUGAUGGCCCACGCCUUCCAACUGCUGUUCACCGAGUGCAACUACCCGAGAGCUUUCAUCUGGUGGAUCGGCAUGCACGCCUUCAUGUUCUAUUUCUUGUUCUCCAACUUCUACAAGCAGGCCUACGUCAAGAACAAGGAGAAGAAAGCCAAAGUGGAGAACCAAAAAAACGGAUCCGUGCUGUCCAAAGCGGUGAAGAACGGCGUCUGUUUCACCAGCCAGACUGUUUUGUACGACAACGUCGAACAGGUUAAAUCGAUGCCGAACGGCUACACAACGGACGGCAGCAACAGGCUCAGGAAUCGGGUCUACAUCGACAAGACAAAGCCGUAAACUCUCCAACCACCCCGUUACCUUAGCUUAGCCCUAUUUAUGUUUAAUGUUAUUUUCAUUUUUUCAUCACAUUAGUUUUAUAAUUUAUUAUUAUUGGAAAUAAUGAAAAUACCUAGAGCUGACCGCGGCCUCCGGGUGGGAGACUGUAAUAGGGGUGUGUGGUUUGUGCUGUAGUUAGCGACGUGGCGCGAUUAGAGGACCAAACACUCCAGAGAUUUUUUGGCCGUCUUUCGUACGAGAUGGGCCUUUGUUAAUAUUGCUCACUUGUUAAUGUAAAUAUUUAUAAAUAGGUUAGGAUUAUAAAUUGUACAUUUUUUUAAAUAUAUAUUUAAUUAGAAAUACAA